UAUAGUGCCAACACAUCAACUCCUCAUGUACAAAAAUAAGUUUUAGCUUUAGUCAAAUAACACACACAUUUGUAUACUAAACCUUAUCACAAUUCAGAAAGAAAGAAUCAGUCACAAAAUCAGAAUCAUAUAAAAGUUCAUCCCCAAAAAUGGAUCUUACGAGAAUCAUGAUUUAGUCUAGUGGUUGAGGGCUUUCUGUUUCACCUUUGAGAUAGAGGUUGAAUUCACGGUUAGUCUAGUGGUUAAGAGCUUUCUGUUUCGCGCUUGAGGGAGGUUGGAUUCAAGGUUAGUCUAAUGGUUAAGGGCUUUUUGUUUCGCCCUUGAGAGAGGUUGGAUUCGCAGUACUUACAGGUCUUCUGUCGGUAAGGAUUCUCAUCUAGCCUACCACGAAUCACAAAAAAAUGGAUCUUCAAUUCCCUCAACCCAAUCAGCUGGCUGCUGCAGCUACUAGCGUGCUUGCCUUGUUAUUCUUCCUUUACUGUCUUUUAAGAUGGAAAAACAAUACACACAAUAUGAAACAGGAACCACCCUAUCCAUCUGGUUCAUGGCCUGUUAUUGGGCAUUUCCUUCUUCUAGGAAAACUACCACACAUAACAUUAGGACACUUAGCUGAUCAGUACGGUCCAAUCUUCAUGAUCAAGCUCGGUUUCAAACGAGCCUUGGUUGUCAGCAAUGCAGAGAUCGCUAAAGAAUGUUUAGGAGCCAAUGACAAAGUAUUUGUCAACAGACCACACAAAAUUUGUGCAGAACAUUUGGGUUAUAACUUUGCUAUGCUAGCCUUUAGUCCAUACGGUAAAUAUUGGCUUGAGAUGCGUAAGAUCAUCACCGUUGAGUUCUUGUCUAAUCAUAGAAUUGAGAUGUUUAAACACAUUAGAAUUACUGAGGUGAAAUCAGCCAUGAAAGUUAUACAUGAACACUGUAAUAAGAACAGAACAUUUACAACUUGUUCUGAUAUAUUUGACAUGAAACAAUGGUUUAGUGACAUAACUAUGAAUACUAUAGUGCGAUUGGUUUCGGGUCAGUCAUUGAAGGAGUGUUAUCAAGGCGAGGAAUAUGAUCGGUAUGCAAGAGCAAUCAGGGAGUUCUUAGAAUUGGCGGGUGCAUUUGUUCUUGCUGAUGCAUUACCCUUUUUGAGGUGGUUUGAUAUAGGUGGGUAUGAGAAAAAGAUGAAGAAAGUUGCAAUUCAGAUGGAUUGUGUAACUCAAAAGUGGUUGGAAGAGCACAAAAAAGGAAGAGGUUCUAAUGAGGUUGAACAAAAGCAGGAUUUUAUGGAUGUAAUGCUAGGGAUUUUUGAGGCAGGAGGGAAAAAAUCUUUCAUACAUCAGGUAGAUACAAUCAUCAACGCAAAUUGUAUGAAUUUGAUUUUAGCAGGAGCAGAUACCAUAGGCGUAACUUUAACAUGGGCACUAUCCUUGCUACUAAAUAAUAAAGACAUCCUCAAGAAGGCUCAAGCUGAGCUAGAUACUGUGGUAGGAAAUGAAAGACACGUAGAAGAAUCCGACCUAAAAAGUUUAGUCUACUUACAAGCAAUUCUCAAAGAGUCUAUGAGAUUAUAUCCUCCUGGACCCCUUUCAGUCCCGCGAGAAGCCAUCACAGACUGCACCGUUGGUGGCUACCACAUACAAGCAGGCACGCAACUCUACAUAAAUCUUUACAAAUUACAAAGAGAUCCGAAAGUGUGGGAAAAUCCUUUGGAGUUUCAUCCGGAAAGAUUUCUUACAACUCAUAAAGACUAUGAUGUUAAAGGGAAACAUUUUGAAAUUCUGCCGUUUGGCACUGGUAGAAGAAUCUGUCCUGGUAUAACUUUUUCACUUCAGACAAUGUUAUUUAUACUGGCAAAUUUACUCCAUGAAUUUGAUAUCUCAGUCCCCUCACAUGAAGCUGUCGAUAUGACCGAGAGUUUUGGAUUAAGCAACAUUAAAGCUACACCACUUGAAGUCAUCCUCAAAAGUCGUCUGCCUCACAAACUAUAAGAUGUGAGACUAGUACUAUUGUUAUCAACUGAUUAAGUAAUCAUAUGUGUGUUUAUAGUGACGCGGCAGAUUUAGGUGCCCUCACGUACAGGCACUACAUUUUUAAAAAAAAUUCAAAAAUUUGCUACAGUCGGGUUUCGAACAUACAGCCUAGAGGUUGUGAGGUUAAGGACAAAGUCAUCUGUGCUAUCCCACUUUCCUUGAUGAUAGAGGAUUUUAAUUGUAUUUAAUAUAUGUUUAAUUGUACAACAAAUCCUAAUUAAAUGCAGUUACAAUUUUCAAUACAUAUUUAAAACCUUUAUCUAAA